AUGACAGCAUUUAAUAAAAAGAUUAAAUCGGUUCUUAUUGAACAGUUAAAAGGUGCCGGAUAUCCUCAACCUAAUGAAGUUGAUAUGUUUUAUAGUUUUGAAACUAAUUCAAUAGAAUUUCGUGUUAAUUCAAAUUCAAAAGCUGGUUUCAUAUUUGAUUUAAAAGAUGGUGCUGUCGGUGAUGAGAUUGAAAAUAUAUACACGAAUAAUAAUUUUAGAGCUAUUACAGGAAUCAAUGAUGAAGAAUGUUUUAAGAAAAUGGCUCUUUUUGGAGCAAAAGAAAUAGCAUUAAUCGACCUUUUAGAAUAUUUACCAAAAUCAAUAGCCAUGAGGGCAGAAGGUAAUUUAUUAACUUCAAUUUCUUUUCACAGCGUUUGGUCAAGAGAACCAGUAAUAAUUAAAUCGAGUAUAAGUGAGUUCGCAGAAGAUUCAAUUUUAUGUUUAACGAACUGCUUAUAUUCUCCGCCGAAGCAUUAUUCAAUAACUAAUUAUGUUAAUAAAUUUAAUAUAAAAUUAGUUGAACCAUCGAGCCUAAAAGAUAUUGUCCUUCCUGGUGAUAGAAAAGAUAGCAUUAUUAUCGAACUCAUAUUAAUCGCUUAUUAA